AGUGAUCAGAUUACCCCAGGCUGAGGCUUUUCUGUGCCUCUGCUUGUGGCAGCAGGAGAGAGCUCCAGGCACAGGCUUUCUCCUCAGAUGGAAUCUCAGUUUGCCCAACUCCCUCACCUGGAAGCUGAGAGCAGAUGGGCCAUGCCUGGAAGUCUGAGGUGGAAUCUCCCAUCAAGUCAGAGAACAGUGAUCUCCAGUCUCUUCCUGACUGCGAUUCAAGGUUGGAGCUGGAUGAGAUGAGCUGGAGAAAUACUGAAGAGGAGGCCAUGGGGAAGCUAGAGGGGAGCAGCCAAGAGGCAGACCAUGAGGUGGAGCUGAGUGAGCCUCUCUGGAAGGAUGACAGUGAAGAUUACCACGAGGCAGAGAAGCCAUGUGAAAACGACAGUCCUCUCCAGUUCCUCUUGGAGGUAACCCAGAUGUUGGAAUCUUUCUGCAUUGGCAGCACAGAGUCAUCACAGACUCUGUGGGAUUAUUGUGGCUCGGGGAAGCAGAGUGAUGGAGAGGAAGUGAGGAGCCAGGAAAAGACCACAGGAACAGCAGUCUCAGGAGCAGAGGAAAGUCAGCUGCACAUCCUGGCAGAAGAUGAGGAAGAAAACUUCCUGGGAAGAGAGGAAGAGAAUGAAGACACACCUGGAGAACCCCCUUCAGAUGAGCUGCAUUCACCUGAGAUGAGUGCUCAGGCCCUGGAUCAAGAUGACAGUGACAGCACCUCUGCAGCCUCAGUGCUGGACUCCACAGGCUCUCCCAACAUGCACCUGCUGCAGCCAAGCUGGAAUAACCCCCUCCAGCACCUGAUCCUCAAAAAAAAGCUCCUGUCCAUCUGGAGGAUGAUAGCCAGCGUGAGAGCAGAGAGCUGCAUCAGCAUGUCCUGA